UUAAUAUUAUUUUUGUAAUAUAUGGUCUAAGUUGGAAUCUGUGAUGAUUUAUAGAUCAGCUUAUUUGUAUAUUGUAAUGAAUGAAUUGGAUAUAUUGAUUUCUGAUAGGUUGCUACCUUGUAUUUUCUUUGUAAGUGGUCAGAGGGCUACCUCAUAUUUUCUCUCUUUGUUUCUACUUUUUUUCCACUUUCUGAAUUGUUUGUAGUUUGCUUUCUAAUAGCUUCAUUAAUGGAUGCAGUACUGUUAGGAAAAAAUAAUAUUGAAUCAUAUAUUGAGCAAAGAGAACUUAAUUUACUCUGCCACAAGGGACAACUUACAAAGUCAUAUAUCUAAUCUCCAAUUCUCGAAUGCAGGUCAUAUUAAUUAUAUAGAUAUAUAUUUAUAUAAUAUACAAAUAUGGUUGUUUAACAUCUCAUAAACUAAUGAUUUGUUUUGAUUUCGGAAGAAUGGAAUCUCAAUCAUCUCAUUCUCUUACAAAUCCAUCUAAUCACAUAGAAUCUGAAACACGGAAAGCUGCUAGUAGCAGAAAACGAGCAAGGAACAAAUCAGCAACACUUAAGCCUCAUGUUUCUCAAAGUCGAAGCAACUUUUGGAGUCAUUGUCAAAAAGGGUCAAGGACCUUGCUGGAUGGCACCGUUCAACCAAUCGGGACUUGCAAGUAUUGUCAGGCGCAGAUCCCAGCGAGUCAUGGAAGUACUAGCAAGUUGAAAAACCAUUUAGAGAAGAGGUGCAAAUCAAGUCCCUUGUACAAAGCAAGUGAAAGUGAUAAAAGUCAGCCUGUAUUGACAAAUGAGACAAUGGGACGGGUUUAUGAAUUGGUUUCUCAUACUUUCAAUAAAAAAUGUGUGCAUUGAAGGUUACUGAAUAUGUUAUUAUCGAUGAAAUGUCAUUCCGAGCUGCUGAAGGGAAGGGCUUUGGAAGUCUUGUGCAUGAAUUGCAAACAAGAUUCAGAAUACCAGAUCAUAAGAAGUGGCAGAUAUGGUUUACGACUUAUUUUUAGUUGAGAAAGUUAAAAUAAAAAGUGUGAUUAGUGGGCAAAGGGCAAGUAUCACAACCGAUACAUGGACUUCCAUUCAAGACAUAAACUACAUGGUUGUCACUGCCCACUUUUUGGACAAUGAUUGGAAUUGCACAAAAGAAUAAUUAACUUCACGAAAAUCACGCAUCAUAUUGGGGAAGAUAUUGGUAAGGUGGUUGAGGUUUGUCUAAGAGAGUCGGGAUAGAAAAAGUAUUUUCGAUAGUAGUUGACAAUGCUUCUUCAAAUGAUAUAGCAAUUGACUACUUGAAAAAGAGAAUGAAAAUUGAAAUUACAUUGUUGUUUGAAGGAAACUAUUUGCAUCUAAGGGGUGGAUGUCAUAUACUCAAUUUGAUUGUUAAGAAUGGUCUCAAAGAAGUCAAUGCUCUAAUUGAAUCUAUACUCAAUGUUCUCUUCAUUCAUUCUUCACCAUCUAGGUUGCAUAAAUUUGGAGAGUUUGUCAUACUAGCAAAGUUAUACCAAAACAAGGUGAAUGCAACUUAUAAAAUGCUUGGAGUUGCAUUGAAAUUUAGGAAAGUGUUCGAAAAGAUGGUUGAAGAGUGGUUACCAUUUAUGAAGUACUUUCGUGAAAAAAACGAAAAGGGUAAAGUACGGGUAGGACCUCCAGGUCAUGAAAAUUGGGAGAAUGCUAAAGCUUUUGUGCACUACUUAAAAAAGUUAUAUGAUGUCACCUUAGAGUUAAGUGCAUCAAAAACUCCCACCUCCCAGUAGCUUUAUCAUUCCAUGAUUGCACUACAAAUUGAGAUUGAAAAAAAGGAAAAUGACAAUUCUGACCCAAUUCUCAAGGAUGUGGAUAUUUCAAUGUUGUUAAAGUUUAAAAAGUAUUGGGGUGAUUGGAAUACUAUGAAUCCUUUAAUUUUUAUUAGCAAUAUUUUGGACCUAAGAAACAAGCUCCAGAUGGUUAAAGUAAGUAUAAGAAACUUCCAGAUACUACUACAAAGGUCCAAGAUUUUGUUAAUAAAGUUAAAAGUGACUUAGUAACUCUGUGGCCAGAAUACAAAGGCAUAAAUGAUCCAGACCAUUAAUGUUGAGCGGCAAAGUAUGCAAUUAGAGUUGGAUAGUGGAAAUGGUACUAGUAGUGCGGGUGAUGGUCUUUGAGAUGAAUUAUUUAGUGACGUUGAAGCACAAAAUGAAGAAGAGCAACUCCAAGAGAUUUCUAAUGAGGUAGAUAAGUACCUAAUUGAUGAGAUUGAGAAAAGAUCUAAUCAAUCUUUUAAUCUUUUAGAAUGGUGGAAAGGAAGUGAAACUAGGUACCCGAAUUUUAGAAUGGUGCCCGAAUUUUUCAUUAAUUGCAAAAGAUAUUUUUGCAAUACCUAGUUCAACAUUUGCAAGUGAGUUUGCUCUCAGUUUAAGCAAAAGGGUUGUCAAUCCCUUUAGAAGCAGUUUAAGUCCUAAAAUGGUUGAAGCUUUGGUUUGUACGAAUGAUUGGUUCAGAGCAGAGGAUUUCAGCUUUUAUAAGGAUCCAACAGAUGAUGACCUUGACUUGUAUAAAGAGAUUGAAGAAAUUGAAAAGAAUGCAAAUGCGACUCAUGAACGUUCUCAGACUUCCUCUCAGGCAUAGACAUGUUCCAAUUUUCAGUUGGCAGAAUAAUUGCCAUUGGGAUGUUAAAUACUGCAUUGUAGCUGCAGAGUAAUAUGGCGAGUAAGGGCUUGUGGUUGUUUGCCUGAGUUUAUAGUUUAAACAGGAUGUUCAAAACCAGAGUAUUGAGGUUUUCAUUCAUUUUAAGUAGUCAUUUCAUAAAUAUCCCUUUAUCCCCGUAUAAUUAGUUGCUCUAUUCUAUGUUGGUCUUCACAUUAAACACGACUUGUGUGAGUUGUGUAUCAUUACGUGCCUGCUUUCUUUUAUCUUGUGAAGCAUGAACUUAUGGAACAAAUAUACUUUGUUUGCUGCAAGUCUGUAACGGAUCAAUUUGCAACAAAAAAAGUAAAUCUAUGCUUUACUGAGAAAAGUUUCAUUGAUUCUAGGAAAAAAGGUCAAAUAAGCAUCAUAUAGAUACACUUACUCUCUAAAAAAGAUCAAUUAACCCAAUGUGACCUGGAAUGACUUGUUGCAGCAGGUAAAGGUUUUUAUUGAACUCCUUUCAUACUCCGUACUCACUUAUGUACGUAGGGUCGUAGAUGGGAUUUUUCUUUUAUUUUUUUUUCUUUGUCUUUCAUAUACGUAUAGUAGUGGAGUAUCAAUUUUCUUUCCUUUUUUUAUCUUGAAAACGUACGUGUAUUUUUUUUGUCUUGAUUUCCCUUUUCUUUCCCUUUUCUUUUCAUUUUCAUUUUUUUCUUUUUUUUGUUCAUUUUUUUUAGAUUUCCAUAAACGGACAAGUGUAACUUAAAAGAAAAAGGUAAAAAAUAAAUAAAUUUGUAGGGAAGAAGUUAAUGAAUAGUAGUUUAGAAGUAAGAAAUACGUAGUACGGAGUAAUAAAGAAAAACGUGAUUUAUGAAAACAUAAGAGGAAUGGUAUUUAAUUAUUUAAAUCUUCUUUAAUACAAGUAUUUCAUAGUGCUUUUGUGAUAUUGAAAUAUAGUCUCUUAGUUGUCGGUAAAAAGUAAAAAAAAUUAGCCGGAUAAUCUAAUUUUAUACUCCGUAGAUAACAAAUGUCUACUACAGAAAAAAUGAUUCAGACAAGAUAAAAAUUGUAUAAUUUUUUUACACAUUUCAAAAAGGUUAAGCAAAGCAAGGUUAAAGAAAAAACGUCGAUAGAAAAAAUCUAAUUUUAUAAACAAUAGAUGUUUGGUACAGACAAAAAAAUUGAGACGAAGUUUUAAAUUGUACUAGUACUCCUUCUAUCCCAUAGAAAUAUUCUCACUUUCCCUUUUUGGACGUUUCAUAUAAAGGUUCAUAUUUAUUUCCAUUUUAAAAAACAAUUAACAAUAUUAAAUGACAAAUUAAUCAUUAAAUAUUAAAAAUAAUACAUUUAUAACAUCACAGUUAUAAAUGUAUUUAUUUUCUUUAUUUGACUUAUUGUAUGUUUUAUUUUUUUAAAUCCUUUUAGAAUGAUAAGGGAAAGCGUAGGACAGGAAGUUAGUUCCAAUUUGGGAAUUUUAAUUUUAAG